AUGUUCACUCCGCAGCAGUUAACUGGUGGUCCAAAGUACCACCACAAGACGCGCAUCGGGAACUGGAGCGAGGACCUUGAACUCGAGGAGAUCAAAUUGAAAGAUUAUUUGAAAAAGAAGGAAACAGGUAGCCUCAUAGUCACUGCCAAGCAGAGACAGUUAGAGUCUUCCCUGCAAGCAGACGAGCUGUCCUCUUCGCCCGACGGCUUCCUUCACUUCGGCAUGAAAGUCAUGCUGGUGAACCAUCAGUCCAAGGGUGUGUUGAGUGCAAAUCCCUAUGAUGUUGUCACCAAGUCCUCCGCAGCUUACAUGAUCACCUCCAGUCCUGUUGGCAGCCCCUGCGUUCGCAACGUCUUCGUCAUCGAGCGGGCAGAUCCAAAGGAUGGUUUCGAGGAUGACACAGUGCACUAUGGCCAGAACAUGCGCAUCAAGCUAUGUCCUUUCUCAGAGAUCAAAACAAAUGCAUACCUGCACAGUGAGAUGGUCACUGGACUUGCGGCUGCCAAGUUCUCAAGGCAUCAGGAAGUCACAGCACUGACGGCGCCCAGUGGGGAGACGCUCUGGCAGGCCCUCUAUCCAGAUACUCAAGCCCGAUUUGAGAUGGACGGAGAAGCAGUGCAAGCAGGAAGCCCGCUUGUUCUUCGUCACGUUCAGACAGGUUCCUUCCUGGCCUCUGAUGAAAUCCCGUACCACAACCUUUUCGGCGUAGAGUUUGAGGUUCACUGCUUUCACUAUUUCUCGCUUGGCAAAUCGCAGAACUUGGUUGGGGAGAUGAAGGGCGAGAUCACAGGGAAGGUGACAAGACUGCAGUGCCAGAAGGAUGCUGAUGGUGAAUUAAUGUUGGUGCCGGUCUUGCUGGAAGCGGCAUUGGCUUCUUACCGGAUCCAUGGUGUCAACAAUGAGCAAAUGGUCGGAGACCGACAAGUGGCCAUUAAUGCCAAGGGCCUCGUGUCUGUCAGUAACAGCGCCAAGCGGACGACAAGGUCUGUGCAUCCAAUGCUACACUCCCUUCGAAGCCUGCGCUCUCCAGCAGCUGGCUGCUCACAGCAGUCGAGCCUUGUGCAUCGCCUCCGUAAGAGCAGGAGGAAGACCAGCGUGGACCACACACCGCUGACUUUCAUGCAUCUGGGUUCUCAUCGACAUACAAGAUCAAAACAGAUUGCCCUUGCCGUCUUCAACCUUGUGGAGAGGGAGCUUGAUGAGCACAGAGCAAGACUAGACGAGGACCAUGCAGACUUUCUACGGCCAUUCCUGCCGGUUGUGGGGGCCUGGCGGGAAAAGUGUGUCGCCUCUGCUGGCAAGCUCCUGUUGUUGCUGCCGGGUUUUGAUGCCUCUGCUGGUGCAGCCCUUUGGGAUAUCAUGGCGGCUGAAUUUGCCGUCUUUCUUGUCAAAAAGGCAUUAAGACUGCGCACGGAGGACAUUGAAGUCUCCAGGCCGCCCAAAGCUGCUGAUGGAGCAGAUGCCCGAGCUUCAUUGUCGUCAUUCGGAUCUUUGAUCCGGCAGGAGGCACCAUGCUACAGCACCAUGGUGGUGCUCCAAGGCGACGCCUUCACGCAGGCGUGGACUCAUCGAUUUCGUUGCAACGUGCAGGAUGCUCGCCUCGUGCGGCAUUUCGUGAACGACUUUGCGCAAAGUUUUCCGGCACCCACCGAAGUUGAUUUCAGCGAGAAAGCGCAGGUUUGCUACCGUGGGCCGCAGCCCUCUUCGCUCGAUCCUCUGCAGCGAUGCCGGCUUCAGGGCAGAGGCAUCGACCUAAAGGUACUGUCUGACCCUGCGACUGCGGCUGAUGCCUCCAGUUGCACAGUCCUGCUGCUGCAUGGUACCAGGCCGACCGGUGCGGAGCUGUGGAUUCGGCCUUCCACAAUGCUUGUGGAACUCCGGGGUGAGCACAGAUCAGUGUACCCAGAAAACUUGGCCCUGCUGACCGGUGCCAGCCACUUUACCAUAAGCCUUGCGGAGGGAGACAACAAGCUCUUGCAGACGGCGUCACGUACCAUCUACGCUCUGAAUCACCGGACGCCAACUGCUGGAACAUCUUUGGAUAGCGUGGGAAGUAAGCUGGAGCUUGAAGGCUGCGAGAAUUUUUAUUUCCCCGCAGAUGGCUGGAUGGAAGGCUGGCGAGAUGUUGCCAGGAGCCUGCAAUCUGUGGAGACAUGA